AUGAAAGCCAUCCAGAUCACAAAGUUCGUCGACUCGUUCUCGGAACUCGGCGUCAGAGAGAUUCCUCCGCCACGGCCGGACGCAGACCACGAGGUGGUAGUCAAGAUCAGCCACAGCGCGCUCAACCACGUCGACCUGCUGUACGCGCGCGGACGGCAUCAGAACAACCACAUCGGGCUCGUCAAGCCGCCGUUCGUGCUGGGACUAGAAUUCGCCGGGGUGGUGGUCUCCGCGCCGCUCAAGUCAGCGUCCACGUCAAAGUCGGGCUUCAACUUCAAGCCCGGCGACAAGGUCUGGGGCGCCAGCGUCGGCGGGUUCGCGGAGCAGAUCGCGGUGCCGGCGUCCGCGCUGCAGAGACUGCCGACGGGGUGGACAUUGCACGAUGCGGCGGGCCUAGGGGCCGCCACCGCACCCGUGAGUUACGGGGCGCUGGUGCGCGUGGCGCAGCUCCAGGCCGGGCAGACGGUGCUGGUGCACGCCGCGGCUGGCGGGCUCGGCGUCGUCGCCGUGCAGAUUGCCCAUGCGCUGGGCGCCAACGUCAUCGCCACCGUCGGCAGCGACGAGAAAGCCCAGGUGGUGCGCCAGUUGGGCGUGCUGGCCGUCGUGCGCUACGAUCUCGACGGCUGGGAGAAACAGGUGUGGGAUAUCACGGGCAGGACGGGCGUCCAUGUCGUCUACGACACGGUCGGGCUCGUCGAGAAGAGUCUUCGCUGUCUGACAUUCGGCGGCUGCAUCGUCGUCGCGGGCUUCGCUGGCCGAGGCGGCAACAUGGAGACGCUGGCUAUGAACCGCGUCCUGCUCAAGGGCGCUAGGUUGUUGGGUUAUAGAUACGGCGAGACGGGCCGGCAGAAUCCAGAGGAGAAUGAAGCGGUGUGGAAGGGGCUGAACGACUUGCUCGAGACCGGGCGCGUCAGACCCAUCGUCUAUAAAACGUAUCUGGGCCUCGAGAGCGUGCCGGGGGCAAUGGACGACCUCGCUGCGAGGAAGGUAUGGGGCAAGGCAAUCGUCGAGAUCCGGUCGCCGACACCGAACUUGUGA